AUGGAAGAAGCGUCCUUCCGAUACGUGGGGGAAGCCAUCGAGCAGUCAAACGUGAGGCUGGGCGUGCUGAUGCAGGCACCAGAAUUGACUUUGGCAGGGCUGGACCGCAAGCUUUUUUCUGGUGCGGCAAAGGCCGGAGCGAGGUUUGUCAAGUUUCUGCGCAAACUCUUGCAGAAGCGGCUCCAACAGGAGCCGGCAGAUGGUAUCAAGGAUAUAUUUUCCUUCCUGCAGCAGUGCAAAGAUGCACAAACAGGCGAAGGUCUCGGCGCCAUGGAGAUUAGCACCGAGACGGCAACAUUCAUUGUGGCUGGCUCCGACACGACAUCAACAACGAUGGCGUCUCUAGCACAUUAUUUGGUGUGGUCGCCGCGAUGCUACAAGCGCGCGGUAGAGGAGGUGCGGGCAAGAUUCAGCUGCGCCGACGAGAUAACCUUUGGGGCCAAACUGAACUCGUGUGUCUUUCUUCGAGCCUGUCUUGACGAAGCACUGCGCAUCACGCCUCCGGGUGGCGGACCUCUUUGGCGCGAGAUGGAGCGGGGCGGGGCGCGCAUCGACGGCGAGUAUCUGCCGGCCGGUUGCGAGGUCGGCGCGGGCAUUUACGCCAUGCACCGCAGCCCUCGAAACUGGCCCAAUCCCGAUAGCUACACUCCCGAGCGCUGGCUCGACAAAGAAACCAAGAGCGCUGGCCAGCCAUACUUCCCGUUCAAUAUUGGACCGCGUAGCUGCGUCGGGAAGCCCCUUGCCCUGGCCCAGAUCAUGUUGACAUUUGCCCGCAUCUUGUGGGAGUUUGACCUUUGCAGGGCUGACGUUGGAAAGUCGUGGUUAGAGUCUAGCGAUGCAGAGCCACCUGAGUACAUGCUCCAGGAUCAUGUAACCGGCCACAAGGAGGGCCCGACCGUGGUACACAACGUCCUUUCAAAACUCUAUUCGGGUACUUUAUCGCAGGGAAAACAAAUUUCGGGCCCCAAAUGGCAGUUUCCAAAUGGCCAAAUAUUCGACAAAUUCGUAAAUGGACGUGCCAAGUCUGACGAAUGGAUAAAGAAAUUCGGCAACGUAUAUCGCGUUUGGGGAGGCUGUUCUCCCGAAAUUGUAAUCACGACACCUGAGGACCUCCGAAUCUUUUCUUCAGAUGGAGAGAAACAUGGAAAACACUCGAAUAUGGGAUGGUUUCUUGACCAAUUGCUAGGACGCUGUAUAGGAUUCCUCCAAGGUGAAGAAUGGAAGCAAAAGCGCCAAAUCUUUUAUCCAACCUUCAGCCACGACAAAAUUGCUGCUCGGAUCAAUUUAACAGAGAGCGCCGCCAACAAGUUUACAGAGGAUCUCCCCUUCGUGCAUUCUGAUGGAUAUAUAGAAACCGGUCCAAGAAAAACUGUCAGCUUUCGCGUCGCCGACGGAUUCAGGAAAUUCCCCUUGGACGUUACUGCCAGCAUCAUCUAUGGUACUAUGACCAAUGCUGAGAGAGAUGAUCUCUGGACUCUGGCGGAGAAGCGGCUGGCACUGUGGCCAUUCACCAUCCUUGGGGGCCCGUAUAGGUUCAGUUGGGGAAGCUGGUUCGAUCGGAAAAGCUACAGCCUUCUCAACGAGUACACCAUAGAGUGGCGCAAUUACAACGACCGGAUAGUAGAGACAAGGCGUGCCAGUGGUAUCAAGACGCCCGUGGUCUUGAUCUACGAUGCCUACGAAGCUGGAGAUAUCACACUGGAAAACCUCAUGCACAGCCUAGAUGAGAUUAUCCUGACGAACCUGGACGUGAUGGUACAUGCAAUCACCUGGGCGAUCAAAAAUAUUGCGGAGAAUAAGAAGGUUCAGCAGGAAUUGGGCGACGAGAUAGAUGCUAACUGGGACAGGCUGCAUGAGUAUAUUUCAAAAAGCGAUACAUAUUUGCACCGAUCCUUCAUGGAGACUCUUCGCCUACAGCCACCUGCAGUGUUUAAUAUCGGUGAAACGUCCCCGUCGGUAAAAACUUUCAACGGAAUCCUGGUUGAGCCGAAUACCAUGGUUCUGGUUGAUGUGUUAGCUAUUAAUGUCCGGAACCCUUUCUGGGGAAGUGAUAGCGAAGAAUUCAGACCGUCUCGCUUUGAGAAUAUCAAGCCCACAGAUCUUCGAUACAAUAUAGCCAUCUUCGGGUUUGGCAGCCGCAAGUGUCCAGGACAAUAUAUCGCCGCGCAAGGCAUCAAAGCGCUCCUCGCCCAUUUACUAAGACGAUACAAAAUUGAUAUUGUUACCGAACGAAAAGAGAAAACAGAACGCUCUGCAGAGAAGUCAGAAGUAAUUCCUAUAGCAGACGUUAUAGUUCAGUUGACUAGUAGGGAUUUUGUCGAGCUUUAUUAA